GUCGUGAAGUGGUAGAGACAGUCAACAAAAUGAAAUCUAUAAUCAAAUCGAAGUAUAUUUAUUUCGUCGUAUUUACAGUCAAUAUUGUCGCAUUUUCCACUGGGACGCUGAUGUUCAGCACAUCCUCACAAAUUUCCAAACUGAGUGACAUCAAAAACAGCCCUUUGGGUAGGGAGAUAACCAGCAACGAAGAAAGUUGGAUUGGCUCAUUGAUUUCAGUCGGAGGAAUUUUAGGACCGGUGAUGUUGGGGUUCCUGUCAUCAAAAAUCGGAAAACGCUACUCUGUCUUAUCGUUAGCUGUGCCCUUCGCGUUUGCAACACUAACAUAUGCCUUUGCAGAAACGAUUUAUCUGUUUUUUAUUGCUAGAGUUAUCAGUGGCAUAGGUAUUGCUUCGACAUUUUCCUUAGUUAUAUUGUACGUGGCGGAGAUAUCAGACACACAGAAAAGGGGAUUGUUUUCCUCAUCUUUUAUAAUAUUUUUGAGCUUGGGAAUGUUGUACGCAUAUUGCGUAUCACCAUAUACAUCACUGAAAGUUUACAACUUGACUGUGACCGUGUUUCCUGUACUAUUUGCGAUUCUAGGCAUUUACAUUAUUCCAGAAUCGCCUUUCUAUUUAGUGGCCAACGGGAGAGAAGAGGAAGCAAUAGAAGUGCUUACCAAGCUGAGAGAGGCAGAUGCUAACAUAAAGGAAGAAAUACAAGUUAUUAAAGAUGCUCUCACUAAGAACACCGAACAAGCUUCUAUUAAAGAUAUGUUUAGUACAAAAGCGGCAAGGUUAGCAUUUUUUCUUUCAAUAUUAUUGGUAGUCAGUCAGCAAUUUUCUGGAAUGGCUGUUAUUUUGGCUUAUACCGAACAAAUAUUUAAGGAAACAAACAGUACUUUAACACCUGCAGAAUCUUCAAUUAUUAUUGGCGUGGUAGGAUUUUUAUUUUCACCCCUUGCUCCAAUGCUGACUGAUAAAUUUGGUAGAAGAUUUUUGCUCUUAUCGUCCAUUUCUGGCAAUGUAUUAAUGCUAGUAGUUAUAGGAUUGUAUUUUUUCUUAAAAGACAAUGGCACUAACGUAGAUUCAAUAUCUUGGCUACCUAUAGUGUGUGUAGUUAUAUUUAUUUUCUUUAACACAUUUGGAUUAUUUUCUCUAAUUUGGCCAAUAAUUUCUGAACUACUACCCCAAAAUGUUAAGUCACAAGGUGCCGGCGUUAUGAGUCUGCUCUCCAAUUUAUCAGGAUUUGUGGUUACUUUCUUGUUCCCGAUAAUGCAGGACUCAAUGGGAUUGGCAGGACUUUUUUGGUUCUAUGGAGGAGUUAUUUUGGUGACCGGGAUCUAUUUUUAUUUCAAAUUGCCAGAGACUAGAGGAAAGAGCAUGCAGGAAAUUCAAGAUAUUCUUUCUUCGUAGGAAAAAGAUCUUUUAAACAUUAACUGUGAUACUUUAAUUAAUUAAAUAUGUGAUGAGAAAUAAAUAAAAUUUAUUUCGUUAGGAUAUACUUAUUUUAAAUUUAUGGUUCGUCGAUGGAGGUCAUUUUUUUUGUAGUAACUGUUAUAAAUCUCAGUACU